AUGUCAGGCAUGUCGACGCAGCAAGGCGAGAUGCGACUCGCCCCGGGACUCCAGUUGUUCACGAUUGAAGCGAUGAUUAAUGGCUUUGAAGGAAAGCUCGAGCAGAUGGAGAGUCGUUUAAGUGCUAUCUUCAACGUAGCAGAUUUGGGUAAAAUGCCAGACGAUAUAUACCCAGACAAUACGGAAAACCAGGAGUCCGUAUCUGCUGCUCCUAUCCUCAACAGGGCUGUUACUACCAUGCCUGAUCCAGGCCCGUCAAGCCCACGUCAAAGAACGCCCAGACCUUCCGACAUUCCAGAGGGGCCAGGUGCAGACUGUUUAUCCCUCUUGUCGGUCAUGGGCCUGGACUGGAUUGUAGAGAAGGUGAGCUGCUUGAUGCCCCACUCAUUUGGCGCAUCCAGCAACUCCUGCAUUGGUGCUUCAGAUCGUCAAUUACUUGAUCUGGUUGCCCCCAGGCGCGCUUUCUGUCCGUUACCAAAGGCAGGAGACUUGAACAUUCUAGUACAUGAUUACAUGGAGGACUUCAAUACAAUCUUCCCGGUUUUCACACAGGAUGACGUCACAACACUAUUCGCCAAGAAAUGCAUGAACCCGUUAUCACAUAGUCCUGGUCAAUGGGCGAGUAUACAAGUGAUAUUUGCUGUCGCAUACAUGCUUCCCAGAAGCGGCCGAUCAGACCCUCACAGAAGCUCCCUUCAUUUAAAAAGCGCACUACAAGUCCUUAAUGAAAUGAUGCUGGCCCCUCCGGACUUGUGGGCCUGUAAGUCCAUUUUGGUGAUGGCUUUCCUUUUCAUGGCAGAUUUUGCCGGUCGCCAGUGCAGCUUUUUGAUAUCGACUGCUGUUCACUUUUCCAACUAUCUAGAUCUGGGAAAAUCGGAACCCCAGCCUACACUCACUGCUAACGAAAAGAACAUCGACUCAUGCUUUUUUGGCUUGCUUCUGCCCUGGAUUUGGACAUCCUAUCGUUUCGGCGUUCCACCAACUCGCAAAGAAGAUGCUAUAUGCGAGAUGCUACCGCUUGAACCUCUCUCAGGAUACUACCGUCUGCCAUCGAGCCAUGAACCUGGCGUCUUUUGCGUCUUUAAGAGUUCAAUGAAGCUUGUCCAGAUCAGAAGUCAAGUCUAUCGCCAAUUAUACCAACCUCCAACCGAGAAUAGACCACUUCAUGAGGUUUUGGCUCUGGUUGGGGAGAUGGAUGGCAAGCUCCAGGCGUGGCGCAAAAGCAUUCCGCCCGAGUAUCAGCCUGGUCCCCAGGCAACCCCUCUAUCUCGAUCAUCAUCAAGUCUUUCAAUCAACCUAAUCUCCCUCCACUAUUGGUUCUACGAUACAAUGAUCGCAAUCCACUCUCUCCUUGCUCUGAACGAGUUUAAGUCCGCUCACGAUCCCAUUGGAGGCAAUCCCUUCUCCGCCGCAGUAGCGCUUUACCAACAUCCACGAGUCCUUUCGUCUGCAUCGCUCACUGCUAAAGCUGCCAGAGCCUCGCUCGCCUUACUCCGCCACAUGCCAUCCGACCAUCUAUUUCUCGGCAUCCUCAGCUACUAUCCCUCCGUCGCGAUGAGAACACUCGCCUCAAGUAUCGUCCGCAGCCCCAGGAAUCUUCCCGAGAUACAUAACAUGAAACUGCUCCUUCAGGCCAAGUCAUACCUGGACCCCGCUGCUCUAGACAGUAGUUUUGAGGCAAUGAAACGGCUUGCCAAGAUUUGUUCCGAUUGCUGUGCGGUCGCCCAGCGAGCCAUGGAGUCUACAUGA